UUUAAUUUUAGAUCACAAUACAUUAUAAAGGAGGUUUAUUUUCAUUUUAGCUCUGGGACCGGACCCUCCAGCUACACAGUCAGACAACAGGAUUCCAGUGCCAGUGUUAAUUCCAGACAGAACAAAUAUCAAACCCCUCGCAGUGAGAGCGCACAAAGCAAGCCAACACCCCGUACAGGUUUUUCUCAGAUGGGUCGGCAGCCAUCUCCGUAUUCCCAGCAGUCCAGACCUCCUCUUCCUCCUCCUCCUCCUGUCCCACCACCCAGGAGGCCCUCUGCUCAUGCUGUGCAGCCACAGAAGAACUCCUGGAAAUUUACUAACAGCUUUGAACCACAAAGACCUUCCUUUGAGGGAAAGAGGAACUCAAAUCAACCUCAGACUGCUCGACCAACUGAAACUCAGCAGGGUGCAUUUCCAGUAAAGCCAGCCAUUGAGAACUCCCUGAGGAUCCUAACAGCGGUUAUUGAUGGCAUGAGACACUGGAGUCAGUUUAGAGACAAAGUGCCUUACUUAUUUGAGAUAUUUGCUACUUUAGACUCUGCGGUCACACUGGGUCGCUACGGAGCCAAGAACUUCCUCAUCAGGGAUGGGAAGGACGUUGUGCAGUGUGUCUUCUAUGAAAAUGAGCAGGUGCUACCUCGUCUCAUCCGUGGUCAGGUCCAUCGCUGCGUGGGCAACUAUGACCGCAGCAGGGAUGUCCUGAUCUGUGUGUCCGUCAGACCCGGCCUGCCAUCAGAGCUGAGGAAUGCCCAGGAGGCUGUCAAAGCCUGUGAUGCAGAAAUGAGGCUGCUGGUAAAAUUACUCAGUGAGGUCUGAGCACGAGUAGAUAUCAACAACAGUAGUAUACCUGUGUUUGAAGGGGGCACAUGACAGCCAAGGUUAGUGUUAUGUUCUACAAGUUGUUACAGUUGGAAAUCCAAGUAGUUCAUAAAAAAAAAAACAUCUUCACAUCAGUUUUGUAAAGUUUUUGACCAAUAGAGGGGGCUGUUUCCAUUUGCUUGUUUCCUGUAACAGUUCGCUGACAUGUUCUCACAUUUUUGUAUUUAUUUGUGUUUAAAUAUAAAAGUAAUUUAGCCAAACCCUUAUCGAAAAGU